AUGUACACACAGACACAUGUACGUACAUACACACACACGUACAUGCACACACAGACACAUGUAAACACACACAUACAUGUACAUACACGCAAACACAUGUACAAAUACACACAUGUACAUACACACAGACACACACACACACCCCUAUAAAAAGUUGCAGUACUUCAUUACGUUCACUCACAGAGCCAGGUACUGCACUCUAGGGGGAGGCAGAGAGCACAGCACAAACUCCUUCCUUUGCUUUCACUUUGCUCAAUUAUUGAGCAGUCUGACGGCUCCCAGUGCGAGUGACAGAUCCAGCCCUGAGUUCUGAGCCUGCUCAGCAAGAUGGCCUUGGGGACACACUCUCCCCCACCAUAAUUUCCACUCACCAAUGCAAACAGGCGAGUGGAAAUUUCAAGGCCUGCAUC